GUGAAAAGUCAGCGUCUCUGUCUCUCUCUCUAUAAACCCAUUCUCUUUUGUUUGUUAUUGAGAGCAACAAUCAGUUUCAACCUCCAAAAACCUGUUCCUUAAUUUGCUUUUUCUUGCUUCUUAACAGCCAAAAUCCCUUCUCCCCAGGACAAACCCUUUCCCCUUCUUAAUCCUAUCACCCCUUCACACACCAAACAAACACAAUUGCAUGUCUCAAGCACCAACAUCAUAUAUCUUAUCUAGCUAUAUAUGCUCCACAACAUGUUCCUUUCCUCCUCAUGCUUGAACAACCUCAAGCUCCUCUUCUUGUUCCACCAAUAGGAGAACAAGAAGCAUGUGCAUCAGCCCCAUAAUCAUGGACAAUUACCAAGGCGAUUUAACUGACAUAGUCCGAGCCAGUGGUGGAGCAGCAUCGUAUGCUAGCAGCACCUGCAGCACAGGAACAGCAGCAGCAACAUCAUCUCAAUUACCUACCACCCUCUCUCAUAAUGAUCACUGGCACCAACACUUCUCUUCUUCUUCUUCUGACCCCAACAUCGCUUUCUCUUCUGUGCUUCAAGACACCAACUUCGGGGAUCCAUUCUCAACCAUGAGAGAUCCCUUUCUCCACGAGCUUGACAUGCCUUCAGCUUCUGCCACCUACUUCACUGGAGCCUUGGAAGAAGCAGCUCCUACUUUUGCUGCUGCUAAUAACACUAGUACUUCUUCUACUGUUUUUGCUCAGGAACAUGACAUGAUGAGAAGGCCUUGUAAAAACAUAUUCUCAAACAUGAUUCAGAUCUCUCCCAAUGCAAAGUUACCCCUCUCACUCUCAUCCUAUGAUUCCACACCCUUGGCACCUUCUCCAAGGCCAAUUAAGCCUCCUGCUGUGGUUCCUCCCAACAUGGUUAAUGCAAACUCCUCCAAGGAUUGCCUUGUGGACACCACAGGAGUGCAGAUCUCAUCUCCACGGAAUACGGGUCUUAAAAGAAGGAAGAACCAGUCCAAAAAGGUAGUUUGUAUUCCUGCACCAGCAGCUGCAAACAGCAGACAAACCGGAGAGGUUGUUCCGUCAGAUUUGUGGGCUUGGAGAAAAUAUGGUCAGAAACCCAUCAAAGGUUCACCUUAUCCCAGGGGCUAUUACAGAUGCAGCAGCUCAAAGGGUUGUUCUGCGAGGAAGCAAGUUGAGAGGAGCAGAACAGACCCAAACAUGUUGGUCAUUACAUACACUUCAGAGCACAACCAUCCAUGGCCAACUCAAAGAAAUGCUCUGGCUGGUUCAACCCGGUCUCAGCCAUCCAAGAACAACAAUGCUUCUAAUUCAAAGGGCGCAACAACAAAAGCAAAGGAAGAGCAUCAGCAAGAGAGCAACAAUAGUGAGGGCAAUGUGUCACCAGUUGUUGGUGGAAACUCAGCAAACAGUGUGAAGGAAGAGAAUAUGGAAGACAUAGAGAAGCAGCUUGAGAUGGAUGAGGGAGAGUUCAGUGAUGGAUUGCCUUACAAGCCAUGUUUAAUGGAUCACCAGAGUAAUAACAACCAAUCUGAGGACUUCUUUGCAGAGUUGGGAGAAAUAGAAGCUGACCCACUUGACCUUUUGUUCACUCAAGGUUUUGGUGCAGCUGGUGAUGAUCAAAGGGAAUCCAAGGCCUUAGAUCCAUUCCAUCUGUUUGAUUGGUCAGGAGACACCAAUACCAACACCAACACCACCAACAACAACACAAGCUCAUUUGAAGAACCUAAUAAUAAGAGAAGGUCAUAGCAAGACCUAGAAAAAAGGCAUGCAGCACCUCCCUCACAAAACAUCUUAAUAUCAUCAUAUCAUAUCAUAUCAUCCUUUUAAGUAUUAUUAUUUGGUGGUGCAAAUAUCAUACAAGGUCAUGUUAUGCUCCUUUCUUACUUGGUUUGGAAUUUGUCAUGUGGGGGAGGUGUGAGAGAUUUUCCACACUUUUUCUGCUUACUACCCUUUUCUUUUUUCUUGUUAUUUACCAGAACAGUCAGGAAGAUAAAAUUAGUAGAGUGAAAAAAAAAGAGAGUGCUGGUUGAUUGGAAGCAAACUCAAGGAGUCCCACAUUCCUUUUGGAAUAUUGGUGGAUGGGACAGAAAGCUGAGGAACAGAAGGUUGCAACAGUUAAAACAAGUACAUUCACUAUAGACAUGACUCGAAAGCUCAGUGAGUAGAUUGAUGAUGAUAAUGGGAUGGGACUAGCCCUUUCAUCUUUUCAAGUGGGAAAAAUUAUUUAAAAGCCACACCCUUGCUCAUGUGGGGUUUUUUUUUU